UGUGGAGGCUGUGGUGUGCAGCAGGAAGAGAAAAAACAUUUUUUUUCAACUGCACAUUACAAUGUUAAAUGGAGUGAAAACUUAAUAGAAAUCUAUUUAAGAUGGCUUUCAGAAACCUUCCAAAUCAUAAUGAUGUUCUUAACUGGACACCUAAUCAUCUAGCUGAUUACUUCAGAAUGUUGGACUGGAAAGACUGCGAAAAAGUUGUGAGAAAGAAUGGUAUUGGCGGCCAAAAAUUCCUGAGCAUGUCAGAAAAUGACAUCCAGAAGUUCCCCACGUUAAGAGUCCCGCAGAUUAUUCAGCUUUGUCAGGAGAUCAGCAAGAGAGAAAAGCGAAGCUUCUUUCAGAAAAGGCCUGCGAACCAAAUAAUUCAGGAAACAACAGAUUUUGGACCCGAAGAUGGAGGAUGGGAUUCCGAUGAAUUUUCAGAUGAUGAUUAUGAAGAUCCAGACCAGGAACAGGAAUCGGAGGAUGAUGGGGGAGAUUAUGAAUCACCUACUGAACAAGGCAACGACAGUGAUAAUGACUAUGAGCCACCACCUUCCAAUGAUGAAGAAGCACACCAAAGCAAGAUUUUUGCUGCAAAACCAAUCUCCAAUGACUCAGAUUAUGCAGAUAAACGGCCAACAUUAAAACCAGGACCUCAUCCUCCUGUACCACCUCAGCGUCCUGGGUCUGUGCCUCUUCUCCCAUCUGUAAACAAGCCCAAUAUUUUUCAGGCAAACAUGUUGCCCAAUCUAUCAGUGAAUGAGGACUCUGGGCACAACAAAGAGAGGAGCUUCCCAUCCAAUGUUUCCAGAGCCCCUGUUAUUGACCGAAGUAGAAAACCUACCACGUUUGAGCAUUCAGGCCCACCGAUUAUUGACAGAGAUUCCCCAAAUAUGAUAAAGAAACUUCCUUUUCAAGAAAAGCUACCAAUACCAACACUACCCAGGCCUUCUUUUGGUAGUAAACCAACCGAUUCGUUCCCCCGGAUGGCGAAACCAACUGUGUCAGCAGAUAGAAGUAAUUCAACACUGGGACGGAGACAGACAUCACCACGGCCCUGUGUACCGGAUAGGAGACCUGAUGAAGAAGAGGAGAGCUUUUCUCAGAGACCUUUACCUCGACCUGUUGAUGCUGCAUUGAAUGCCAACACGUUCCCAUACAGAACUCCCAGACCAGGACCCAAGCAUUGCUUCCCAGGAGGCAACAACCUGCCCCUUUCGAGUGGAGAAAGUCUAUCACCAAGUGGAUCCUUGCCACCACGUUUUCAACAAGAUGUCAAGCAGUCUUUCUCAAGAGCCCCAAAUGAUGUGAGACCACCACCACCUCUACCAUCCAGUAAAGGCCGGCCCAUGGCACCAACACCACAAGAAGAGUUUCUGUCCAGGGAAUGGUAUGCUGGCGAUAUAAGGCGAUCGGAAGCAGAAUCAGCUCUGAGAAGCAUCAAUGAGGAUGGCACUUUCCUGGUGAGGAACAGUUCGAAGGGAAGCAUUGAACAGCCAUAUGUCCUGAUGGUAUUGUACGGGAACAAAGUCUACAACAUACAGAUUCGCUACCAGGAACAGACCAAUUUGUAUUUAUUGGGCACUGGACUCAGGGGAAAGGAGAACUUUGGCUCUGUGGCUGAAAUUGUGGAGUACUACACGCAAACACCACUUCUCCUGAUUGAUGGGAAGGACCGAAGUGGGGGUCAAAGAAAGCAGUGCACAUUGACCUACGCGGCCAUUCAAUAAACAUGCUUCAGCUAAAUUCUGGCAAUCAUAAGCCCAACAGAGCACAGUCUGGCUCACAUAGAGCAGGCUGCAUUUCCACCUAAAUAUUCUCGUAUCAUAGUUNAAAAAAUCCUCACAAAAUUCUUUUAACCACAAAUACUUCUUCACAUUGCAGUUAGUCAGCCACUGCAGUCCUGAUCGAAUUGCAAAUAUACCCUUUGCAUUGCCUUUCCUGUGACACCUCCAGAAUUGCCGUCACUCCCAGUAACUGAUAACAGUGACGCUUUUGCGUUCCAGUGGAAAGGCCAAUUCUUUCAAAUAUAAAAGGUGAGGCUGGGCCAAGAGCUUCUACCAGCAACACAAGGAAUAAAACUCCAAUUUGUGUAAUCACUUUGAUUUUGUGCAGAACAAUCUCAUGGCUUACUGGGAUAUUUGGUUGGAACUAUGUUCUUGCAGUUUGCGUGAGAUUAGGUGGUCUGGGGGGAGACUCGUUUUACAUUCUAAGUUGCGAGGCAGUAGUUUUCCUAAUAAAAGUUUAAUGAUCCUCAUCUAUAUGUUAAA